AUGGCAGCAACAUCCCCAACAACAACAACAAGAACUACUACACGUACCAUGGGUUUGUCAUUCGAUGAGAACGAGAGCGUGAGCAAUUGUUCCGAAAAGACGUGUAGUACUACGACGUCUACCAUGGCAUCUCCGGAAUCGGCAUUUUCGUUGAUGGUGGAGGGCGACUAUACGUACGCUCCUACCAGUUCUGCUAUGGCCAAGUCGGCCAUGGCCAUUCUUGAAACACGCAUUGGAGAGCGAUUGGCCAGUAGUAGUAGUAGUGGAGAAUUGAGACUGCUGUCCAUGAAGGAAUCCUUUGAUCGAUCCAUUUUGACGCAAUUCUACGAGGAACUGAUGAUUCCUAAUUUUCCAUUGGAAGAAGAACGCGACGAUUUGGAAGAUUGGUUGCUCUAUUUGGAUCCUACAUUUAGCAAAGAAGAAGAAGAAGAUAGUGACAAUGAUGGUCCACAAGAUGGAACUUCCAUGGAUGUUCUCAUCCUGACUAUCGACAACGGUACUACUACUACCAUUCUGGGUGGCAUUGCCUUUGAGUACUACCCACAAGCCCAAGUGGGAUUGUUGUCGUAUAUGGUCGUUUCCACGGAAUUUCGACGAUUGGGCAUUUUGGGCACAUUGCAUCCCGUCUUUUGUCAUGCGUUGCAAGGACUUCACGAAUUGACCACGCAAGCGCACACUCCCAUUGCCGCUAUUUUGGCCGAAACCAAUACCGCCACCGCUGGAGAUGUUCCAACACAAGUAGCCCGCAAACGACACGAAAUUCUAUUCAAAUUGGGAUAUCGACUCCUACAGUUCCCCUAUGUACAACCACCCCUCGCCACCGACGGCGAAUCCUUUGAUGAUAUCAUGCUGCUGUUGUAUGUGGGAAACAACAGCAGCAAUUCAUCACAAUCAACAUCAACAUCAUCCAUGGACACUACAAUCUUGUACAAGUACGUGCUCGACUUUUAUUAUUCCGUAUUUGGAACCAAUCAAGAGCCAUUGUUUCAAGAUCAUUGGUAUUUUCAACUGGUUACAUGGUAUCAACAGCAGUGUCCUUCCACGCACAUUCAAACCCAAUUGCCAUGGGAGGAUGUCACGCCCACAUUUCUAGCGCAAAUGAAACAACAGCAACAGCAACAACAAGAAGAGGGCAAGUAG